CUCUUCCAAAAGAAAGAGAGAGAGAAAAGAGAGAGAGAGGAAAAAAAAAAAAAAAAACCAACCCAACUCCCCCACUCCUUUCUCUAAAUCAAUUGUCUUCUUCACAUCCAACAUCGUCUCCCAUCUCUCUCUCUCUCUCUCUCUCUCUCUCUCUCUCUCUUUAAUUUCUCUCUCUCCUAAGUUUCUUUCUUCUCUGUGGUCCUUCCCCUCUUUAUAACUCUCUUAUCACUUCCCCCCCUUCUUCCUUCCUUCAAACCUUCCUCCCUUCUUCUUCUUCUUCUUCUUCUUCUUUCUUUCUCCACUUUCCGUAAGCACUUUCCCCUCUUCAUCCCUUAUUUUCAAAACAAACUUAAUUCAAUUACAACAUGUCUAGCAGAAGAUCAAGGCAGUCAAGUGCUUCUAGAAUCAGUGAUGACCAAAUCAUUGAACUCGUUUCCAAGCUUCGCCAACUCGUUCCCGAGAUUCGCCAUCGCCGCCCUGACAAGGUAUCAGCUUCAAAAGUUCUUCAAGAGACUUGCAAUUACAUUAGAAAUUUGCAUAGGGAAGUCGAUGACUUAAGUGAAAGACUCUCUCAACUUUUAUCAACUAUAGAUUCUGAUAGUGCAGAGGCAGCCAUAAUUAGGAGCUUAAUUAUGCAAUAGGAUCAAGAACAAGAACGACAAAGCUGUUGGGUUUGGUAAUCAUAUAUAUAUAUAUAUUUAAUAUAAGAUAUUUAUAUAUAAGAUAUGAUGUUACUAUGUUAUUUAUAAGGGUUUUUUAUAUAUAUAUAUAUUUCCUUUUCUAGGUUUUUGGUCUCUUAGAUCAAAAAAGGGUGUAUUUUUCCAUGAAAAAGAGAAACGUCCCUUUAUUAUUAUUAUAUAUAGGGGAUGUAACUAAAAUGUAUAAUAGAAGGACUUACAUUAGUAAAGCCUUCUCUCUCUCUAUAUAUAUUUAUAUAUAUAAAAGUUAUAUAAAUACACCCAAAAAAAAAAAAAAAGUACCAUCUUCUCACUUUUAUUAA